AUUCAAUAUAUAUAUAUACAUUCCCAUAACUUUUGGCAAUUGAAAAAAUCUCACAUUAAUUAAAAAGAAAAAGAGAAUUCAAUGGAAACUAAGGAAGCUGGAGUUACUAGCAAUCGCUUGUAUGAAGAUUUUGAACCUUAUUGCAAAUGGCUCACAAAGGAAGGACAAAAGACUCUUGAGAUUGAUUUGAAGGGUUUUAAAAAGGAACAACUUAAGGUCCAAGCCAACAAUAAAGGGAUCCUAAAAAUUUAUGGUGAAAGGCCUCUAGGUGCAUCUAGUAAAAAAUGGAGUCGUUUCCACAAAGAAAUUAAAAUUUCAAAAGAAUGUAAUGUGAAUGAGAUCCAAGCAAAGUUUUCUCAAGGACUUAUUUCUAUUGUAAUACCAAAAAGUAAAGUCCUUCAAUAUGCCAAAGAUGCAACCAUGGAGAAACAUUCAUUAUGGGGGGUACAAAAUAGAAAAAGUACAACCAUUAAACUUGUGCUUGGAGUAGUGGCUAUGGUGGCACUAGGGACUUAUGUGGCAAAAGUGGUAGUAAAUAAACACCAUUAUGAUGCAUUUGACAAGGUUAAUGUUGUGACUGUUUAAUUUGAACAUGAUGCAAUACAUUAAAAUGAUUCACUAAGCAUUGAUUUGCUUUAUUUACUAUGGUAACGAGAAAGUGAGUAAGCUGUACUUGUUUUUUAUUAUCUUGUAAAUGCUAUAUUUGAAGAAAAAUAGUGUAAAAAACAAAAACAUAUUGAAUUGAAUUCAUAGGUAUAUUGAUCA